AGGCCAAACAUCGCUGCGAGGGCUCGGUGCGGCUGAGACCUGGUUUACCAUCUAAAUGUUCACAAACAAUCAUGGGUCCAUUUCCAUCUCUUAGAAACCCAACCAACUCAUCUAAAUCCGAUCCGUAUUCUAGGAAUCCUGUCCAGGUUUGUCCGUUGACCAGCCUUGAUAUGGUCGUCACUAGUUACCACAGCCACAAAGUCAUACGCCCGGCCCAUUUCUUCAAAUUUCAAAAUGUGAUUUAAAACCUAACCUUAACCACACUGCUAACCUUAUGCCUAACUUUAACCUUAAAUUAAGACCCCAAAAAAAACAACGUUUUCAUGAAUUUGUACGAUAUUGCCCAUUUUGACUUUGUGUCUGUGGUAACUAGUGGAACCCCUCGCUAUGCCUCCUCCCCCUUCAUAGUUCCAUACCGGAGGGUAGCCAACAUUUUGUUUUCUUCUAUACAGUUUGGAAGAAGAACUGGCAGUGUCUUUAGGAUUUUCUUUUCAACUAAAUACAAGUUUGGGGCUCGGGAAGAUCAAUACUUCGUUUAGUUCCAGAUAUUUGUUCUACUCAUGUGAGACAUUUUACCUGUUUAUUUUACAUUUGUUUCUUAUUCUUCACUUAUUUUCUGCAUUCCUUUCAUCCCCGGUAACGGCGGAUGCCCCCCUUCUUCUCACGUGAGUGCGACGGUUCCCCGGUCAGAAAUAUCAAGGAAUUGUUGAGAAUUACUGCGGUCUGUAGACAGCAACAGUUUUCACGUGAAAAGAGACCGACGCUGACCGAGUUGCGUUUAAGACUUGUUGCUCCUCGGUAUUUAACGGGUCGCCAUGAACUUUUUUUUGCCGUUAUCAUCUUCUCAUCAUUCCUUACGGUUUACUUUCUCGAGAUCAUGAGAUUAAUUCACUAUGUCAUGCUGCUCUUUGUGUUUUGUGGAAGAGGACACGCUCUCCCCACGAUGACCAAUGAGACCCCAGCUGACCCCUACAUCUUCACCACUGACCUCCUGCCCCUUGACCCUCGCUUCCUUCCUCCGCUGGCCAAUGGGCUGCUGGGUUGGAGGGUGUACGGUGACAUCAUGCACAUGGGCGGAGUCUAUAACGGCGAGGGCGGGGACUGUCACCGUGCCAAUCUCCCCUGUCCUCUGGCUGUGAGGAUGGAUCUAGAUGAGGUGAAGGCAGGGCAUCUGGAACACUCCUACAGCCUAGAUACACACACAGGUAUAUUCACCCACUCUCUGAGGACAGUUGGUGUUAUUGCCUCCCAGUCUCUCUACACCCAUCGACAUCAUCCCAACCUCUUGGUCAUGGAGGUCCUGCUGGUUCGUCAGGGCACCUCCCAGGAGCCAAUCACAAUCAAGCUGGACAGUAGGUUCACGCCUCAAAGCGAUGACAUAGUGUUCCAUUCUGAACCGGACUACAAAGGAGCCAGUUACAUCCAGGGCCGGACCACCACGGCUGAAGUCCCUGGUGGCGACUGUCCCAGCGUCCACAUCAUCUGGACCCCCAUCACCCCCUCCCUUACCCUGCUGCCCGACCAGGCCCAGUCCCGCUGGGGGUUCGUGGUGGCGGUGGCGGGCAGUCAGGACAGCGUACAGGCUCACUACGACACAGCUCUGGAGCUGAUGACCACUGGGAACCUUCGUCCCUCGCACCUCCGGGCGUGGGAGGAGCUGUGGGCGGGCAGCACGCUGGAGCUGACUGGUCCGGACGACCUGAGCAGGGCUCUGAUUGGCUGCAUGUUCUACCUGCUCAGUGCCUUCCCUUCGUUGCACGAGGCGCCCGGUCAUUUCGGCGGGGUCAGUCCUGGGGGGUUGUCUAACGGGGGCUCAGGACAAGACUACUGGGGACACGUGUUCUGGGACCAGGACACUUGGAUGUACCCCAGUAUUGGUCUCUUCUACCCUCAGUUAGCCCGGGCCGUGCUUGAGUACCGGGUGAGGACAGUGGAUGGCGCUAAGGACAAUGCUGAGAAGCAAGGCUACAAGGGACUAAAGUUCCCGUGGGAAAGUGCUGUGUCAGGGAGAGAGGUGUGUCCUGAAGAUAUAUACGGACAACAAGAGAUCCACAUCAACGGAGACAUUACUCUGGCCUUCCAACACUACCUCUACCUCACACAGGACAUGUCCAUGUUCACAGAGGGGCGUGGCAGCCAAGUGAUUUGGGGCGUGGCUGACUACUGGGUUUCCAGGGUAACCUGGAGCGCUGAAGAACAGGAGUACCACAUCUUAGGUGUCAUGCCGCCCGAUGAGUAUUACUACAACGUCAACAACUCUGUGUACACAAACACUGUGGCCAAGUACAGUCUUGAGUUUGCUGUGGAGUUGGCUGCCCUGCUGAAGUACCCGGCUCCUCAGGAGUGGCAGCAGGUAGCAGACAAGAUUAAAAUCCCUUUCGAUCAGAAGCAGAAAUACCAUCCUGAAUUUGACGGCUACAAAAAAGGACAAUUUGUGAAGCAGGCUGACACAGUGUUGCUAGGCUACCCCCUGGGUCUACCUAUGACCCCUGAGGUCAGGAGAAAUGACCUGGAGUUCUACGAGGCUGUCACAGACCCUGGUGGACCAGCUAUGACAUGGGGUAUGUUUGCAGUGGGCUGGCUGGAGCUGGGGGAGGUGGAGAAGGCUGGCCGUCUACUACAGAAGUGUUUCAAAAAUAUCCAGGGACCAUUCCAGGUAUGGAGUGAAUCGUCUGAUGGUUCUGGGGCGGUGAACUUUCUCACUGGUAUGGGAGGAUUCCUGCAGGCUGUUCUGUUUGGUUACACUGGAUUCAGAGUACAGAAAGAUUGUCUGGCCUUUGCCCCUUCCAUCCCUGAGGACAUCACUCAGCUGUGUAUCCGGGGGGUCAGUUACCUGGGCAACAAGAUGGACUGGCUGGUGAGGGGACAGGAAGUUUACAUCAUACUGAGAGAGGGAGCAAAGCAUGCUGGGAAUACCAAACCCUGCGCUCUGCAGGUGGUCCUCAAGAACUCCGGGACCAAGAUCCCUCUUAUACCAGGAAAACCAGUGACUUUCCCACGGGAGUCUGGAAUGAUCUGUAAAGUGGAUGGUGCCUUAUCCUGCUGGCCCAUGUGAGGACCAUCCCUGUC